AAAUAUUCACUCCCUUGUCCCUUGAGCCAUAGAUCGAGGAACCGGCCCGGCGAGAAAUGGGACAGAGUCAAGGCAUUUGUCGCGACCAUAACUCCGGAGGCUUCCCUAUAGUCUUCCCAACUUGAGCGAGCGCGUUUGGCGUUUCUCGUAUAUUUUUGGUUUUCUGCCCUCGGACCAGGUUGUCUCGAGUCGCAUCAACACAAACUGUUUUUCACAGCAAUAGCCGCAUCGCACACACAAAAUGGCUGGUCCGAAGCGGAUAAGCGACGACCGGAGUCCGAGUCCGACGAUUCGCGAAAUCGACAAUGAUCGCGACUCAGACGUCACCGAGACGUCGCAAUUGCUCAGUCCCGGUGGAUACGGAGCAAGAAAAGACAGCUGGGACAACGACGUCGAUUUCCUGCAUUUGCCCUGGUGGCGCAGGCCGUCUGUGUUCUGGCUUCUUGGACCAUAUGCCAUCUUCACUCUCGCUUUUGGCGGCCUGAUUGUUCCUAAACUCGACUUAAUUUUUGAUCUUGUCUGCAAACAGUACUUUGCAGACCAACAACUCAUCAACCCUCAUUUCACCUACAAGCCUAUCGUCUUGGGUUCCGACAACCCGCAGUGUAACAUCCCCGAGGUCCAGCGAAAUGUUGCCACCUUCAUGCUGGGCCUGACCCUCAUCAUUGGCGGCCUAAGCGCCAUCGUCGCCCCCAAGCUGGGCCAGCUCUCUGAUCGCUACGGACGACGAAAGCUCAUGGCUCUUGCGUCCUGUGGUGGUCUUGUCAGCGAGGUUGUCACCAUUCUCUGCGCAAAGUACCCACAGGUCUUCAACUACCGGUGGAUGAUGCUGGGCGCUGUCUUUGAUGGCAUCACGGGGUCCUUCACUGCUGGCAGCAUUCUCAGCCAGUCGUACACCAGCGACUGCACGCCCCCUUCCCGGAGAGCCGUAUCCAUUGGCUAUGUCCAUGCUUGUCUCUUUACCGGUCUUGCUCUAGGUCCUCUUCUGACCGGCUACUUUAUCAAGUGGACCGGAACCAUCAUCUCCAUCUUUUACGUUGCUCUCGGCUGCCACGCAUUCUUCAUCGUCUUCGUCCGCUUUAUCAUGCCAGAGUCUCUGUCCAAGCGAAGACAGAUGCUGGCCCGCGAGAAAUACGCGAGAUUAGAGGCUGAGCAAAGCGUGCUUUCCUCUCGCGUGGCUCACAACCCCUUCGAAGCAUUCAAGAUUCUGUGGCCUACUGGUCCCGGAACCUCCACUAGGCUGCGUAUCAACCUGGUCGCAUUGGCCAUCGCCGACACCAUCAUCAUGGGAUCCAUGAUGGCCGUGGGCAACUGCCUGAUGCUGUACAGCAAAUUCAUGUUCGGCUGGGGCAACUUUGAGACAUCUCGCUUCAUCUCGUCUCUGUCCAUGAUCCGCGUUGUUCUGCUCAUGGUCAUCUUCCCCAUCAUCAACUACAUCUUCCGAAUCCGACCAGCAGCUCGUCGACAGCGCGAGACCGGAAUACCUGCGAUAGAGAAGAAUGCCGGAGCCGAUAACCUGGACAUCUGGAUUCUUCGAUUCGCCCUGACAUCAGAUGUGCUUGGGUGUAUCGGAUACAUACUCUCUCGGAAUCAGCACCUCUUCUUCAUGAGUGGAAUGGUCACGGUUCUUGGAGGCCUGGGAAGUGCUACUGUCCAAGCCGCCGUCACCAAGCAUGUCCCCCAAGCGCAAGUCGGGCAGGUCCUCGGCGCUGUUGGCUUCAUGCAGGGGCUCUCACGAGUUAUCGGGCCCGUCAUGUUCAACGGACUGUACGCCAUGACGGUCGGCACAUUCCCUCAGGCCAUCUUUGUGCUCCUUUGUGGGCUUUUCUGUGUCGGUUUAACAUGUGCUUUCAUCAUAAAGCCUCAUAUCCACUGGGAAGAUGUUGGCGAAGAAGACGAAGAACCAUUGGACCCGACCUCGGGACGUCUUGGCACCAGCACUGCCCAACUCCUCUCUGCCGGUGAGGAGUCGGAUUUCAUUUAGCAAGCGGACGAAUCUGACGAUGCACUUUUCGAGAGCGCCUGUUCUUUAGCGGUUUGCGGCGCAGCGGUUGGUGGCGAGUAUUUCUUUCGACAGCAGGCAAGGGUUAUAAGAAGGACGAUGUAAAAACAUUUGGGCAUUGUCGGCAGGGGGGGUUUAUGUUGAUUCUGUUGUAAACGAUGAGCGUGUGUUUCUUUUUCUCUUUUCUUGGUGAGGGAGGUUUUUUUGUAUGAUGUGACAUGUAAUGCUAGAAUACCAUUAGAAGAUACCAAUACACUGUACAGAGC